AUUAGGUUAGGGAUUGGAUUAGAGUGGAGUGGUGGUGCUGCCAUUGCCAUUGCCAUUGACGCUAGAGAUCUGUGAGCUGCGUGUGAUGGCCAGCACUACUCAUAUUCGAACCAAGAAGCUUUCUUCCGCCGCCGCCGCCGCGCUCCGCCCUCCUUCCGAAGUCGAUGACCUCCUCACGCUCCUCCACGGUUCCGAUCCAGUUCGCGUCGAGCUCACUCGCCUCGACAAUGAGCUUCGAGAGAAAGAUAGAGAGUUGGGGGAGGCUCUCGCGGAAAUCAAGUCCUUGAGGAAUUCAGAGCGUCUUAGAGAAAAGGCCGUCGAAGAGCUAACUGAUGAGCUGAACAAAGCGGAUGAAAAGCUAAAAGCAACUGAAGCUCUUCUGGAAAGUAAGAACCUUGAAAUAAAAAAAAUCAAUGAUGAGAAAAAGGGUGCAUUGGCUGCACAAUUUGCUGCAGAAGCAACACUUAGAAGGGUUCAUGCUGCUCAAAAAGAUGAUGAAAUGCCACCUAUUGAAGCCAUUAUUGCACCUCUGGAGGCAGAGCUCAAACUUGCUAGGACCGAGGUGGCAAAGUUGCAGGAUGACAACAGAGCACUGGACCGGCUAACCAAAUCAAAGGAGGCUGCACUUCUUGAAGCUGAGAGAACUGUUCAGAUUGCUUUGGCAAAAGCAUCUCUGGUUGAUGAUUUGCAAAAUAAAAACCAAGAGCUAAUGAAACAGAUUGAAAUAUGCCAGGAGGAGAACAAAAUACUGGACAAAAUGCAUAGGCAAAAGGUUGCGGAAGUUGAAAAGCUAACACAAACUGUUCGUGAGCUCGAAGAGGCUGUGUUGGCCGGUGGGGCUGCUGCUAAUGCUGUCCGUGAUUACCAGCGAAAAAUGCUAGAGAUGAAUGAGGAAAGGAAAGUAUUGGAGCGGGAGGUAGCUCGUGCUAAAGUUACUGCAAACAGGGUUGCCACUGUAGUAGCAAAUGAGUGGAAAGAUGCUAAUGACAAAGUGAUGCCUGUAAAGCAGUGGCUAGAAGAAAGAAGAUUUUUUCAGGGUGAAAUGCAACAGCUACGUGACAAAUUGGCUGUAGCUGAGCGUGCUGCAAAAGCAGAAGCACAAAUGAAGGAUAAAUAUCAAUUGCGCUUCAAAGUUUUGGAAGAAAGGAUUAAAGCAUCUAAUGGUAAUUCUAAAAUUAUAUUAGAUGGAAGAAAUAUUGUGAGUGGGCAUUCGCGACGUCAGUCUUUCGGUGGUGGUGAGAGCCCCAUGUUAUCCUCCUCUAAUGGACAUCUAUCCAGGAAAAACUUGAGUCCAAAGUUAGGGUCUCUAAGAUCAAAUAGUGCUAGUCUGUUAGUAAAGCAUACAAAACAUUCUUCUAGAUCGUUUGAUGGUGGCAGUAGAUCUCUGGAGAGAGAGAGGCGAACUACAGAUACAAAUGAGGUAGAUAACAUGCGAACCAACACCAGUGAUCAGACCAUCACAAAUGAGACAAUUGCUACGCAGGAAGAGUGUGCAAAUGGCAUUCAGAUUGAAAAAACUAAGGCAGAACAUGAAGAUUAUGUUUCUGGAAUGCUGUAUGACAUGCUGCAAAAGGAGGUUGUAUCUCUCAGGAAAGCUUGUCAUGAGAAAGAUCAGUCUCUCAAAGACAAGGAUGAUGCAAUUGAGAUGUUGGCGAAGAAGGUUGAUACAUUGAACAAAGCUAUGGAAGUCGAGGCCAAAAAAAUGCGUCGGGAAGUAGCUUCCAUGGAAAAGGAGGUGGCUGCUAUGCGGGUUAGCAAGGAAAAUGAUCAAAGGACGCGGCGAUCUAGUGCUCCUAGGGGCUCGGUACAUAGUUUGCAUUCAAUUUCUGCCAGGAGUGCACGUAACUUCUAACCAAAUCGAUCUCGCUGUCAUCAUGAUCCUGUGCAAGAAUGACGAGACUAAAGGGGUUAUCUAUUUGAAUUCUUACCCCCUGUGCUGAAUAGAGUUGUUGAUUUAUCAUUUUUUUUACCUUUUCCGUAUUUCCUCUAUUUAAGCUUUUUGGCUGUCUCGGGGGUAGUGUGUAAAGAAGGGACCUUGCAUUGUGUUUUUCAGGGAAACCAUUACCUUGUAUAUUUCUUUGUAUACUGUUAUUAGAAAGGAAAUUUAGAAUUUAUGGUUCAACUUGAUGUAUGGAAGUAUCUGAACAUGGCUUCUUGCCUUCCUCAAAGUUAAUUCAUAUUGCUUCGAGUGUCAUUUGGACUCCA